GUUUCUUUUCAUCGUUAUUAAUUAUUAAUAACAACUUUGUUGACAGUUUGUGGUGUAUUUUUAACGGACCUUGAGUAUGCCUACUUUGUAAUCGAGCGCUGUGCAUGAUUUAUUACUCUGAAAUGCUCUAUUGAAUUUUGUAAUCCUCCGGGACAUGAUCUUUUGAACCUGGCCCACCAUUCACCCUAGCAACGUUGACGCUUCAUUGCAACCAUGUCACACAAUGCUACACAAUCGUUAAUACAGUAGUAGACCUGCCGAUAAAAACGUAGGCACUAUAUGGCCAGAACCGUUCAUAAUUGACGAAUUGUAAGGGGACGAUUUAGAAAAGGAAUUUAAUGUUGAUUUUAUAAUAUCCAGACAACCAGGAUAAAUACACUGGCACACGUCACAAAGAGGGUACACCACUAACUCGCAGCAGCGCGAAAGUGAUGGAACCAAGUCGAUUUCUACCACCACUGUCAAGAAAUCUGCCAACGUCAUACGGAGAAUCCAGGGACGGCAUGCCAAUGAGCAGGAAAAUUACCGUCACAAUACCUGGGGUCUUAAGUCCAGGCCCCAGAGUUCUCAGACAAGUGUCACAGAUUGCCAUCAACAGGUCCGUGCCACCUCUAACUCCUGAUUGCGACAAUAUCUUUAUUACAAAUCGUACGCCUCGUUCGUCGUCACCAUUACAUCGUCGCAGCAAUACAGUGCCUGCUUCUACAAACUUAUCUUUAAGUGCACAAAAGAGUAGAUCGUCACGGCGCCAGACGGCAAGAACAAAUGUGGUGGAUCUUAGCGGGAAUGUGGUUCUGGAGCAGAAUGAGUACCUCCAUCUACGCGGAGUUAGAGGUUUCUUUCCGCCAGUCAAAUUAAGAUGCAAGUCUUCACCAGCUUUUAUGGAAAGCAACAAUACUUCGUCGAUGUCACCCGCCGCAAAAAUGGAGUUAACUCCCUCGCCGGCAGAUCAUGAUAGGGUAUGUCCCUACUGUCGUGAGUCACAUACUGGUAGCCGAUGCAGGUGUACAGCUCAAAAUAGAACAAUACCGGCAGCGGACUCAUCUCAAAGUACCACGGCAUCCAGGCAGCAUAAUGAACAAAGAGGGGCUCAGGAAGAGGCGCAAGUGUCAACAGUUGUUACUCGUCAGCUUCGAAAGAGAGACGUUCCCUGGGUGAAAGCCUUCAAAGUGAAGCAGAAACGCCAUACCAAGAUGAAUCAGUUGAUUUAUUCCCCAACGACCACACAGGAGCUAUACGAGAAGUGGCGACUAGCUCCAACAACAGAUCCAUCGCUGGAUGGUGAUAACUAGGUUGCAGAUAAUGGCCAGAUAACGUCUACUGCAGAAACGCCAAACCAAGAUGAAUCAGUUGAUUUAUUCUUAAUUCAACGACCACACAUGGGCAUUACGAGAAGUGACACCUAGCCACAACAUAUCCAUCGUUGGAUGGUGAAAUAUACAGGGGCGGAUCCAGAGAAUUUCUGACGGGUGGGUACAAUAUGAAGUUCUCGCCGCCACGCCCACCUCAGCCCCACCAUGGUUGGUGUCAAUAAGUGGACGGGGAGCAAUGUCAUUGGUACUGUAAUCAGAAUUGGGAGUCUUCGUAAUUGAGAACCACAAGAAAUAAGAGUAUUGCAUUAAAAAAAUAAACUACGAUCAACUUAUAUUUUUUGUUAAGGAGCAGAAUUUACAGCGAACUAGUGAACCAGGGAGGAAUGUACUGCCAGACAGUUGUCAUAUUGCAUGACGUCUGACAAAUAAUUUUGGAAAGAAUAGGUUAGGAAUCUGAAGGAAUGCUCUGUCAGGUGUCAAAGAGGUUGCUACAAUUGGUCAACUCAUUCUAAAUGGACUUGUUAAAUUGCCAAUUUACGGUAUUUUCGAGGCUGGGCUGAUUGCAAACCAGAAGGAAAACACCUCAGACAGAGGUGCAUUUUAUCUGCAUCUCGGCGCCGUAGUUUAUUAUGACUAUGCUGUUAUAGAAGUUACCAAACACGCUUGUCAUUUCCAGAAUAUAUUACAUACAAUGUCAGUGCCAAAAUGUUUGUUAAUGAAUUGAAUGACGCUGUGUACCAUCGGCUGGUGUAACGUCUGCGUAUUUUGUUUUAAUUAGGAAUAUAAGUGCAUUCUAUGGUUUCAUUUUUAAUAAUAAUAAUAAUAAUAAUAAUAAUAAUAAUAAUAAAGAUUCAUAAUGCACACAUCUCCACCAAGGAUGCUCAAGGCACAGUGUCAAAUUUCACCAUAAAAUAGAAAAAUCCACAUUAAUCCCCAGAAUUUAAAGUAGAAUCCGUAUACCAAUUUUCCCAUCGAGGCAGUGUUGCUCCCCAUAUAAGUAUGAGCAGAUAUUUUUACACUGCCAUCUUAUGCCGAUGGUCACAAUCAGCACCUGUGUGUUACGGCUUUCUAAAAGAUCAUUCUCUGUUAUAUACCACCAUAACCGGCUGGUUCCUGAAUGCAUUUCGUUCUCAAGAUGACCGUCUAUUCGAUAUUAUUCACAAUGGUAUUGUGGACGUCGGAUAAGUCUCAUUAUUAUGAUGAUCAAUAGAAAAAGUAACCAAUUAAAAUAUUGUUGUUCUGUCGAGGACGUAUGGAAAUGUAUUCUCUUAAAAAAUUAUGUCAUGAGUAUACUCUUGCCAAUAAACAAAAUCUGCAAAAACGUACUGAACAGUAUUUGGAAACAUUUGAAUAAACCUACAAACACUGAAGACUUAUUUUACUCACGAACCAACGCAAAUUCACUUUUCGAGUAUUUUAUUUCUUUUCAUUUUUUGUGCAAUAUGUAUUUACAUAAUUUUAUUUACAGAUCUAGAAUUAAUCUGUGAUUGAAUUAAAUACUGUAAAUCGUAUGAAAUUGAAGAAAUUCAUCUGGUUGUUGUCAUAUUGAAAGUAUCAGCUAUGUUACAGAAAUAUACAUGACGCCAUACUUUAAUCAGCACAGUAACUUGUUAUUUACAUAUUCAUAUUAUGGAAUUAAUUAAAGUAAGCCUAUCCUAAAUAGAAGUUUACUCAAUAUUAGUAGGGUGAAAAAACACCCCCUCAGUAUUACCAGCGGCAACGUAUUAAUCGGUGAUAGAUGAAGUACCAAACUAAUUUAGCAGUACGACGCUAGAAAAUCUAUGUUUGCAGUGACUUUCUCAUAAGAUAACGUCAUUAAAUUAGACCUAGAUUCCUCCUUAAAACUUGCUGAAUAAAAGCUUUCACGUCUUUGCGACGAUAUUGGCAUAUUUACGCGCACAUACGUACCCUCAAAUGUAAUACGCGACUAUGACGAACGUUAUGAGAAAGUCACUUUUAACAAACUUAAAAUUUACAAUUUCAUAAAAUAUAAAGAUAACGAAGACU